GCAUGACGUCAUUGGAGAAUUCACUACAACUCUACAGAGACUCGUAAAGGGCCCCGGCCCCGAUAAUGUAUAUGAGUGCCACAACACGAAGAAAGCCGCCAAGAAGAAGAACUACAAAAACUCCGGAAUUUCGCUGUUAAUUGCCAAUCGGAAAUCCAGGCGAAACGUUCAUCAUCGAUUACUUCACGGAGGUAUACAACUCAAGAUGGCCGCUGCCAUUGACUUCACGGCCUCUAAUGAGGAUUUUAUACAACUGACGUCGCUGCACUAUCUCAACCCCUACCAACCCAACAUGUAUGCUAGAGUGCUACAGGCUGUGGGAGAGAUCAUACUAGACUACAACCGGUGGGUCAACUUUAGAGAUGACGAUCCGUGCUGUGAUGGACUGGAGGGCUUACUGCAGGCGUACGAGAACACGCUACGUGCAGUCUCCUUGUUCGGACCCACUAACUUCGCUCCAGUCAUCAACAAGGUUGCCAAACAUGCAGCUGAAGUUAAAGAUGGCGCCACCUACUACGUGCUCGUGAUUCUCACAGAUGGCGUUGUGACCGACAUGCCGCAGACGAAGCAGGCCAUUGUUCAGGCGACGCGGACUGCCUCUCUAGGAUUUAAAGCCAUUGCUAGAGAAAGCAAAGGAGAAGCCAUGUUGGAGUUUGACACGGACAACUCCCGGCUAUCAGCGAGCGGAGUGAUGGCCCAGCGAGACAUGUGUCAGUUCGUCGCCUUCCGAGACUACUACGCCAGUGGUCACAACAUGGACCACGGUCAAGCCCAGCUCGCUAAGGACAUCCUGUGGGAUAUCCCUGACCAGUUCCUCGCCUACAUGAAGAAUAAUAACAUCAAACCCCGCCAGGCGGCGACACAGCUGAACGGCUCGUCAGCGCGCGUCAUUCAGCAACCCUGAUGACGUCACGCCGUGAUGACGUCACGCCGUGGUGAUGUGAAUGGGGGCGCCAGGAUGCUUGGCUGUGCUGUUUUUACCGGGAGAGCGAAGCCGCAACAGAUAUUUUCGUCCGUUAACCACCAGGUGGAGGGAGCAGUAACGCGCGAACGUUUGGCAGACGACGAUAGAGGUCGCUGGGAGCAGCGAAACAAUGUUUACGACAAAGUGACAACGAACUGAACCGCCAUGUUUGAUUGCCGGCACCACCCCCUGCGCAUGCGCAUUUUACUCUCGUAGCCGCCGAAAGCUGAGUGAAAGUCUGUCCAUGCCAAGAUGGCCGCUACGAUAGAUGUAGAAAAUGGCGACGGAUGCUUUGAAUUUUUUAAGAAGAGAAGCAGACUGGCAAUACUGGAGUGUAGGUGGCAUCGAAUUGUCGUAUGGUUCGCGGAUUAUGUAUUGAUGUACCCUCCCCCCUCCCCCACAAAUGAAACCGCCAUACAUACGCGGUUUGACGUGGGAAAGGUUUUUCUUUGGUCGGAAGCGGCAAGCACCCUACGUAAAGUAGUGUUCUAGCUACGAGGCGCAUAGUUGCGUGUUUGCCAGGGGCUCACGACGCUGUACUAAUAACUAAAAAUUCACGCUUACAUAUAUCUCUCUCUCCCCAACCCGGGUUGUUGAUUAGCACCCAUCACCCACGUAAAGUUACUAUUGUUGCCGAUUGUAACUAUUGUAGAGUUGUCUGCGGGUAGCGUAUAAACAGCGUGACAUACCCCGUGUUAGCCAGUCCCACCUUAGCUUGCUUUUCUUUCUUCUGACUGCUCACCAACUCUACACUACUCUUUUUACCCUCGUUAAGUCUAGGUCCACGACUUCGAUAAUUUUUUUAUCUGUCGACUAUAUAUCGCACGUGUUCGAUAUGGGGAGG